GUCAGUUUCCGUUCACGUAUGUUCAUCUAUUUUGUCUCUUCGUAAAAAAUAUUUUUCUUGCGAAUUCUAACUGAACAAUAAAAAUGUCUUAGCGGUACGAAAGAAAAGUGUAGUGUAGUGUGAAGCCUCGCAAUGGCGGGGCAAAAUGGAGGGAAUUUUGGCUCUCUAUUGCAAGGUGCGGGGAGACAAUUGUUGAACCAGGGUGGGCAAGCGUUGUUGAACUAUGGAGCCCAGGCUUUGGGGAACAUCAUCAAUGAGGUGUUCCAGAAGAAGGAAGUGGAACAGAAGAGAUAUUUGCCGAGCAUUAAGAACUAUAAAGUGCUCGGCGAGACCAGGUCAUCAUCGUACGGUCCAGCGACGUAUCAAGACUUCAAGGACAUCCGGUCUCGGUGCUUAGCUGACGGAAGACUGUUCGAAGACCCCGAGUUUCCUGCUAUUGAUCGCAGUCUGUACUACAAAGAGCGUCUCGACAGACCAAUAACUUGGUUGAGACCUAGCGAAAUAUGCGAGGAUCCACAAUUGUUCGUGGAGGGAUACAGUCGUUUCGACGUACAACAAGGAGAGCUCGGGGAUUGCUGGCUGCUCGCGGCUGUUGCGAAUCUCACGCUGCACAGAAAAUUGUUCUUCCAAGUGGUGCCGGAUGAUCAGAGUUUCGACGAGGAUUAUGCGGGCGUCUUCCAUUUCCGGUUCUGGCAGUACGGCCGUUGGGUGGACGUGGUAAUCGACGAUCGUCUGCCUACGUACAGAGGCAAACUGGUCUUCCUCCACUCCUCGGAGAGAAACGAGUUCUGGAGCGCCUUACUGGAGAAAGCCUAUGCCAAAUUACAUGGGUCGUACGAAGCACUUAAGGGUGGGUCAACAUGCGAGGCGAUGGAGGACUUCACUGGCGGCGUUACAGAAAUGUACGAUAUAGCAGAGUUGCCGCCCAACUUCUAUACCAUCCUGCUGAAGGCAUACGAGAGGAACUCCCUCAUGGGAUGCAGUAUAGAGCCAGACCCUCACAUCCUGGAGGCGGAGACGCCCGUGGGUCUGAUCCGGGGGCACGCAUACUCCGUGACGCGCGUCAAGUACGUGGACAUCGAGACCCCGGGCCGCGCCGGGAAGAUACCUCUGCUGCGGCUGCGAAACCCCUGGGGGAACGAGGCCGAAUGGAACGGUCCCUGGAGCGACAAGUCACCAGAGUGGCGAUUCAUACCAGAAUCGGAAAAGGAGGAACUGGGUCUUACCUUUGAUGACGAUGGUGAAUUUUGGAUGUCCUUCAAAGAUUUCGUCACACAUUUUUCAAGAGUAGAAAUCUGUAACUUGAACCCUGAUUCCCUGGACCCUGAGGAGUGUCCAGAAGGCUGCACUAAGAAAUGGGAGAUGUCCGUGUUUGAAGGAGAAUGGGUUAGAGGUGUGACAGCUGGAGGUUGCAGGAAUUAUCUGGACACGUUCUGGCGGAAUCCACAAUACAUGGUCACCCUCACCGACGUCGAUGAAGGGGAUGAUGAGAAUAAAUGCACGAUCAUCGUGGCCCUUAUGCAAAAGAACCGGCGCUCGCAACGGCACCAGGGUCUGGAGUGUCUCACGAUUGGUUUCGCUGUCUACCGCCUGCCGGAUUAUGGCCACGUGCCAAAACCACUUGACCUCAACUUCUUCAAGUAUAAUGCUUCCGUUGGUCGCUCGCAAGCCUUCAUCAAUCUUCGGGAAGUCAGUGCCAGAUUCAAAUUCGAGCCGGGCACGUACGUGAUAGUGCCGUCCACCUUCGAACCAGACGAGGAAGGAGAGUUCUUGGUGCGCGUGUUCUCUGAAAAAUGCAACAAUAUGGCUGAAAAUGAUGAAGAUGUCGGGAUUGGUGAAGUGGACGACAGGGUCAAGGAUGUGCUACCAGCAGACCCUACACCCGCCGACCCUGUGAAAGAUUUCUUCAACCGACUGGCCGGAAGUGACGGUCAAGUUGACUGGCAGGAACUUAAGGAGAUACUUGACUAUGCCAUGAGGGAAGAGUUGGCAAUGCGCCGCGGCGGGGCGUACGACGGCGGCGGGGUUCCGGGUGGAGGGGGCGGCAGUUCCCCCCCACAAGAGCAAAGCUGCCUGGAACAGUUGUUAUGUGCGUUGUGCUCGCCCAUCUGCAAGGAGUUGGGGGUGGACCUGCAGCAGGUUCAGCAGCAGGGCUCGGAACAAGUGCACCUCACGCAGCCGCAGCCUCAAGAACUGAAAGGCCAAGGAUUCUCCCAGGACGUAUGCAGAAGUAUGAUUUCCAUGUUGGAUAAAGAUGGUUCGGGUGGACUUGGUUUCGAAGAGUUCAAGGAGUUAUGGAUCGAUCUGCGCAAAUGGAGGGAGGUGUUCCGACUCUACGACACAGAGGGCCGUGGUGGUAUACCAUCCUACCACUUGAGAGAUGCACUCCACUCCGCCGGCUACACUGUCAACGCACACAUACUCAACGUUCUUGCACACAGAUACGGUUCAUCUGACGGCUAUAUCCACUUUGACAACUUCAUCAUGUGCGCUGUGCGACUCAAAACCAUGAUCGGCAUCUUCAAGUCGAGAUCUUCGGGCGGUGACUACGCUACCUUCUCGAUGGAUGACUGGCUAAAUCGCACAGUUUACUAGAACUAACAAAUGCCUAAAACAUGCCUUAUAUUGUUAAGCUGAAGGCUGAAUAUUCUAUACCUCCAGUCGAAACUUUAUAUACAUGUAGUCCAUUUUAAUAUAAACGUGUAUAUAUAACGCAAAAAGAUUUAUUUAAAUGUAUAAAGAUACUACUUUGCGGGUCACUCUGGAAUCUAAUUCUAUAAUAAUGUUGGAAUGAGCUGUUUUGCAUUUUCAUACCCUUGCGUUAUACUCUAGUGACAUAUUAAUUCUUCAUUAAGUAGUCAAUGAACUCAAUGUUUAAAGAUUUAUUUGAUUUAGUCACGAUUACUUUUCAAACGAACUUCAUAUACAAAAACGGCGUCCAUUUAAGUAACUACUAAGAUAAGACUCCAGGGUAGACCUGCCGUUUCAUAAGGUAUGUUAGGAGUUAUAAGAUGUAUCAAUACUCUGAGAUUAAUUUUGACAGUGCAUAAAAUUUAUUAUUUAAUUAGACUUUGUAAUAUGUUGCAUAUGUUAACUGAAAGUAGAAACCCCAACCAAUGCAACGAUAUAUGUUGAUUUUAUAACUUACAAUGUCACAAAUGUUAAUUGUAACAACAAAUACGGGUAAACAAUACUAAUUAAAUAUAGGUACUUACCUAAUUUUUAAUUACUAAAAAAGUAUUUUUCUAAAUUUAUGUAAUUUAGUGUUCACAUUAUUGUAUUCAAUAGUAUAUUAAGUCUUGUUAAUAUAAAGUACUAUGCUUGCAUACAACAGUGUCAUAAAAUAAAUGCAAUUCCUUAUAGACCGCCAUUUAAAAAAUAUUUUAAAUUGGGUAAAAUAUGGGAAAACGACUAUAAACUUUUUUUUGUAUAAAAUCGUCUACAAAC